UCUAAGAGGGGGUCAAAAAUGUUGAAAACCUAGCUUUCACUGUCAUCUUACUUACUCAGUACUCAGUACUCACUUGCACUUCAGUUAGGACAGAGUAAUCAGUGAAUCUGGAACGCAAGAAGAAAAUAUGUUGCUUUCUUUUUUACGGGAUGAAGAUCGAGGGGAAUCUAAAUCUUCAGUCAAACAAAUAUCUAGAAACAAAAAGGAAAAUGAUGUACCAAGAUUGAGUUUGAGUAAACAAUUUUCAGAACUAUCAAUAGAUUCUCAAAGAUCUCGCGGAGGAAUUCAGGCUGAAUUCGAGACUUUUGAUAAACAACGAAAAGCAAUCAUGACUGAGGAUUUAUACUAUCAGAUGCAGAGGGCUAGAGUAGGAACUGCUGUUAUCAUUAAUAAUCUUGAUACAGAGCAAUCUCCGACUAAACAUGAUGUAGAAGUUAUGGCUAACGUACUGGCAGAUAUAGGGUUUAAUGUCGAAAUUUAUAAGGAUUUAACCAGCCAAGGGAUGAACACUGUAAAGCGAAAAAUAACAACUGAAUCAAUGCAUAGGGACUCAAACUGUUUUCUUUUACUUCUUAUUAGUCAUGGAACUGCGGACAACUUUUUGUUAGAUAAGAACUUGGUCGGUAAACCAAAGCUGUUUUUCAUAGAAGCUUGCAGAGGGAAGGAGCAGAACCAAGGAAUGGUUCUCAUGUCUAAGUCGAGUGCGCCUAAACCUGCACCAGCUGGAAUUACCCUACCCAGUAAGCAGGAUGUGUUUGUUGGAUUUGCAACUGUUCCUGGAUAUGUGUCUCUUACCGCAUCAGGAGGUUCACCCUAUCUUCAGACCUUGGCCAAUGAACUGUCUCAGCAUGCUUUAAGCAAAGAUCUGUCCGAUAUACAUCUUCUCGUAAAGCGGAAAUUAGCAGGAAUGAAGUUGGGACCUGAGGGGGUGACGCAAGGUGCUGAGGAGCGAUCAAGUCUACUUAGUAAAUUGAUGUUCUCGAAAUACAAUGGAAAAUAUAAGGGAUCUAUAACCGAUGGAGGUAAAUCUUGGUCAUGGUUUUCACGAUCUCCAGCAGAACUUUUCAGAUCAUCAUCAUCAUCCAGACUAGACUCUUCACAAGGUUUGAGUAGUAGAUCAUCCUCCCCAGCAUCAAGAGUGGAUAUUUCUAAGGAAGUCGGCUCUCAUGCUCUGACUAGAGGAAAAGCUAAUUUAUCCAAGGAUAAAACCAGACCUAGCAGUGAAAUAUUUACUCAACAAACCAAUAUCACUCAGGACCGUCCUAGAUCCAUUUUCUUCUCACCUGGAUUAUCACCCACAUCUGUGUCAAGAUCAUCCUCUUCUCCUUCUGCAGUUGCUGCAUCAGCUCAUCGCAGUUUUGAGAGUUCUCUUAGAACUGAAACAGCUUGUACAAAGAGUACUAAUGUUUACACUAUAGAGGUCAACAGUACAGAUAUAGAGGCUGGGUUGAACUUGUUGUUAAACAAGGUUAAGGAGGUUUAUGGAGGUGAAGGAAAAAUCAAAAUCAAGAAAAAAAACAAGGACAAAAUGUUUUCAUUCAAGUAUAAAGGCCCAGAAAGAGCUGCAAACCUGCUAGAAACAGCUCUUCAGAAAGUCAAGGAACUUCAAGAUAAGGGUCCACUGUGGAGAUUCACCCAAACACUGGAAGUCACAACACUAAAAUAAAAGUGUAAACUUAUCUUUAAUAUUCAUGCAAAUAUCUGCAGAUAAAUUGCUUUUAAUUUCCCAGUUCCUUUCUUUUGAUUAUGAUAUUACAAGAGAAUUCAAAAUUUACUGUAUGAAAAAAAGAAUCGGGUUUUAUCAAAGCUCUGAGAACGUUAAUUAUAGAAAAAAAUUAUUAUGAAUAGAGUAAAAUGUCAUUCAUUGAUUAAAUUGUGCUCUGGUUUCUAGAAAUAAGCUUGAUUCUUUUAACCAUCUAAAUUUAGUACAAACCUGAACUUAUUCUAAAUCAAAAAUAUUGUUUAUUUAAAAAUGUAAUUGUAUGAAAUAUACGAAAUAUUGUACUGUAAGCUGAGAAUUUUAAAAAUAGAUUUUUUUCGCUUUCUUAACUUUUGUUUUAAUCAGUGAAUUCUUUAGCAUCUCUAUUCAUUAAUUAAGGGACUUCUGAUGAUAAUAAAAAAGGAAAAAUUUAUAUGAAAUGUUUUUUCCUAAGAUUUGGGAAAUCCAACAGAUCCCAUGGAAAGGAAAAGUAUAAAAUUUAAACUUCGAAUUUUUUAUUUAGUAUAUAAUUUAUUUUUGCGAUAAAAGAAUUUCGUAUCGAAUUUUAAAGAGUCUGGUCAAAAUGAAACCAAUUAAUUUUUUACAUAAAUUGUCAGACAUGUCAUUUCAGAGGACAUCAUUUCAUGUGAUUUUGAAAAAUGAAAUAGUGAGUAAAAAUACUUAAACUUACUAAAGAUUGAAUACAAGUAUUAAUUAUAAUUUUUGCAGAAGUGUACACGUACAAAUUUAAUUCUGUAAGGACAGCUUAAGCAAGUAGGAUUCAAAAAUUCUUACUUAUUUGUAUUUUAUAACAAUAAAAAUUUUUAUGUUAUUUC